GACAUGAAGAAAACGGACUCGGUGAAGCCAGUAUCCGCCUUGAAAAUGCACGAAUAAAAAGCAAUAGCUUAUAUAGCUUAGGCAAUGUUACUGACUUGAAAUGUUUAUUCAAGUGAGACACUGCUUCUAAUUUGACACAAAAUAUAUUUACUCAAUUAAUAAAUUAAUAACGUGUUCCGGAUUUUAAUAAUGUGUAAUUGGACCCUUAUAUUAGAAGCUACUUUGCCCUUGAAGCAAGAUGUCGGUAUCACGGGGAAUCUACGAGGCUCUCGCAGAAACCGGCAAAUACGAUCCUUUAUAUAAGCCAAGGGUGCAUGGUACAUUCAACCCUUCGCGGUAUUAUGGAAAACCUGACAAACCUGUUAUGGAUGUAAAAAUGAAGGAAUUGCCAUCCUGGAUUUCAAGAAGGAAUUACUCCCCACAAGGAGCUGCAAGGGCCAUUGGGAGAGGCUUUUGGAGUUUCAAGUUGAAGUAUGUUACAUGUAAAAAUGGUAACUGGAAGGUACUCCCAAUCCUGUGUAUACCAGUUGCACUCAACGAAGCACGUGACCAUUUCCACCAUGUCUUUGACAAGCGGAAGUAUCAUUGAUGAUGGAGUGCUAGUAUGGAAUAUGUUCCAGUGGAUGGACUGUAGACUGAAUAUAUAGACACUUCUUGAUUUGUUUUGUAACUUAAGAAAUAAUAAAAAGUUUUGGGAGAGA